UCAUACUUAGCAAGUUGACAGUCUAUCUGUAUCAGACGUUAUCGUGGUUUCUUUUAACCGUUUCGAUUUUAGACAUGCGAUCACGGGACAUCAUAAUUGUAUUAGUGCCUAUUUUUGGACUGUGCUUCACAACGAGCAUCGAAGAUGCAGUCGCGUGUAAUUGCGAGUACUGUGACGAGAAAAAAGUGAUAGGUUCAGGAGAGGAGACGACUACUCUCGCGUGGCGAGUCAUGUAUGAGGAGGAUAGCGACGGUGAUGGUAAUCGGACAAUUUGCGCCACGAGUCGCGAUUUUAACGAUCGCACGUUCCCAAGCGUCUGUCACAUGUUAUGUUACAAUUACUGCACGAGAUAUCGAGUGGUGGAAGUUAAGAAGAAUGAUGAGAAAAAAUAUAUCAUUGCUGCGUAUAGACUUAAUUAUUACAAAUUGAGAGACGGAGAAUGCUGAACAAACUGCCCUCAAGAUUGUAAAGAUUGCAAGAUUGUGAACAAGCUAGUUGAAACAUUUACCGCAAUGUUAUAUCAUAAUUAUAACAUAAUCAUGUAUGAGUUCGAUUAUUACAGAUAUCAUAGUCGAAACGACCUGAUAUAUACAUUAAUUAAGCUAUUUUAAAUAACAAUAAAUCAUCGCGUAUGCACAUUGUUUAAUGUACUAAAAAAUAUAUCCUCGCGAUUUUAU